CUUUCCAUCUCUCCCCCCUCUCUCACCAUCUCAUCGUCAUUCUAUGUACCUCUCUCUCUCUCCCCCCCACCCCCAUCUUCCUUUUCUCAUAGUCACUUCCAAAUUUUUCUUCUCUUCCUUGCCCUAUUCCACUAAAUUUUUAUAAGUGAUAUCCAAGUGCUUCUUAUAGUAUGAUUUUCUUUCUCUAUCCCUCUAAUUUUUAACCUCUCCUUCUCUCUCAAAUGUUUUCCUUAGCUUCCAUCCUUCCCCCACCUUUCUAAUAUGGUUUUGUAGUGCCCAAUUCCUUCAAUUCUCGCCCUUUUGUCAUCUUUUGAGAAAGACAAAAGAGGAAGGAAUCCAUUGAUAGUAAUAGAGUGAGCACUUGAGAGUGAAAAGUUGAGUAAUAGAAAUUUGAGAGUAUGCAUCAAAGUCGAUCCCCAAAUUCGGUGCCUUCUCUGGAGCUCGUAUCGUUCUCUUCACCUAAUAAUGAAGCACAACCUCAAAUAGUUGGAAUAUCCAGCACUAGCCAUCUACAACAGCAAUUGAUCAAGGCAGCCUCGCCUAUUAAAAUGAUGUCUCCUUCAGUUACUACCAAGAAUUUUGAAGAAUCCGAUUCAACGGUUGCAAAAAUAUUUCCAAAUAAAGAGAGGGCUCUCCUACUUAGGGAAGAAAGCAAGAAAGAUCCUGAAAUCGAAAGUCGAUGGACACAACAGGAGACCCUAGGCCUGCUCAAGAUCCGAUCUGAGAUGGAUGCUGGAUUCCAAGAUGUCACCCUCAAGGGCCCUCUUUGGGAGGUUGUAUCUAGGAAGCUAUCAGAGUUAGGUUACAAUCGGAGUGCUAAGAAAUGUAAGGAGAAGUUUGAAAAUAUCCAAAAAUACCACAAGCGAGCCAAAGAAGGGCGGGCUGGCAGGCAACAUGGCAAGAGUUACUGUUUUUCUGGCCAACUUGAAGCCCUUCACGAUAUCACUGCCACCUCUACUACAUCCACCAUUGAUCCUGUUGUUGCUCCAACUGAGAUCAACACUGUAUCUAACCCUGCCACUGCCAUUGCCAAUACUAGCCUUAGCCGCUCCAACACUACUUUUUCCUCUGGAUCAGAUGAUAGCAAGGUUGAGGGCGCUAGUCGAAAAGGUCAGAAGCGGAAACGAGAGAAAGGAUCAAAAACUAGUAAAACGAUGAUGACCUUCUUUGAAGAGUUGAUGAGGCAGGUGGUGGAGCGACAAGAUGCGAUGGAGCAACAGUUUCUGGAGGCCUUGGAGAACCGGGAGCGAGAUCGGAUGGUAAGAGAGCAGGCAUGGCGGAGACAGGAGAUGGUAAGGCUCACUCGCGAGAAGGAGCUUAUGGCCCAAGAACGUGCCUCCAUUGCAUCAAGGGAACAAGCCAUCAUCACCUUCCUUCGCAAGAUCUCAGGCCAAGAAGUACCAAUACCUCCCUUGUCUACCACCACCACCACCACCACAACUCCGCAACCAUCAUCACCCCAACAGCAGCAGCAGAAGCAGUCAAGCAAUGAUACUGAGCUCAUCAUUAUCCCUAUUGCAGGGCACCAGGAAAUGUUGACAGGGAACACAACAAUGGAGUUGAUGUCCUCAAGGUGGCCAAAGAUGGAGGUGCAUGCGCUGAUCAAAUUAAGAACUAACCUUGAGCCAUUCUAUCAGGAAGGUCUCAAGGGUCCGCUGUGGGAGCAGAUAGCUAUGGGAAUGCGCCGGCUUGGCUAUAACCGAAGCGCCAAGAAAUGCAAGGAGAAGUGGGAGAACAUCAACAAGUACUUCAAGAGGGUCAAGGAAAGCAACAAAAACAGGCCACAAAAUUCAAGAACUUGCCCUUAUUUCCACCAACUGGAUGCCUUCUAUCGUAGUAAACCUUUGAGUCAAAUCAGUCGCAUACUGCAACAACCAGAGUCCAGUCCUAAUCCUAAUCCCACUCUUCAAGUUAGUGGUAGUGCCCUCGUAACUAUGUCACCAUCACAGCUCCAGCUAGCAGGAGGAGGAACUAGUAAUGAAGGUGGUCAUGCCAAUAAUAACAAUAGAAAUGAUGAAAGCUCUGAGGGUGAUGUUGGAUGUAGCAACACCGGCAAGACAUCAGGGAAGGUGCAGGAUGCUGGCAAGGAGCUAGCAGACCCAUCCCAUCAAGCUACGGGAGAUGAUCAUGACAAACUGGAAGAGCCUAAGGAUGAGAACAUUGAUCAAGAAGAUGACAAUAAAAAUGGAGGUCAGAAUGAAGAUGAGGAGCACAGAAGGAUGUAAUGCAGGAUAUAAUUCCAAAAGUAGAACAUGAGCAGUGGUGUUGUCCAUGGAGGAAGAAAGGCAUCAGCAGCUGCAACAAUAGUUCUACUCUAGAUUAUGUGUCCUAUAUAUACCUAUUUCACUAGUUUCUUUUACUCUUACCAUGUCAACUCCUCUUAAUUAGCUAGCUUAAAGACCUAUACAAUAUGCGUUUGUUUCUUUGAUCCAUAUAGGUUAAAAAAGUUGUUGUCGUUUCUUUUUAUUUUCUUAUUUCUCUUGCAAGUGUUUCUCAUUGUUCUAGCUAGUAGCAUAUAUGUACUGCAGUUUAAUAUAUAUAUUUGUU